AGCAGUGUUUGUGGGGAGCGCGCUGGAGAUGCACCGGUGUGGCGGCGUUUGCCGACCCAAGAGAAAAAGGAAUUGGGAUAUAGAGUACCCUUCCUUUCCAGAAGAGAAGCCACUACAGUUCAGAAGAGCAGGUCUCAGGACAGGGGCAUCAGCUGCCUCCCUCUCUGAAGCAUGGCUCAAGUGUGGAGAAGGAUUUCAGGACACUUCUGAAACUUUGUCAUUGAUAGCUGAAAAGGCAACUAUUACCAAAAAUCACCUUGAUUUAUCUCCAAGACCAAAGAAAGAAGCUACCAUAUCUAAGAGUACCCUUGAGCUUACAGAUAUAACAUGGAGCUCCAGUGGAAGUGAGCUAUCAGAUGAAGAUAAGAAAGUUUCUAAAUCAUGGAAAUUUAAUGAACAUGGCUCUAGAAUAGGCAGGUUUUGUAGCAGGAAUACUCUAUGUCCAGAAGAUGGUGCCAGUGAAGAUGAAUUACAGUUUAUUGACUGGGAGAUCAACAGUGACAGGGAAGAUGCUGGUGAUUACAGUGAAUGUGAAGAUGGCAAGGGAGCCAUGGAAAUCUCAGAUAGUGAUUCCUGUGCAAGUAGUCAUUCUUUGACAAGUGAUGACAGGCUAUCUGAGCUUCCUAAGCCAAUUUCUACAGAAAUUUUGGAGUAUUCAUCAGAUAGUGACAAAGAAGAUAACUCGGAGAAUGUCUUCUUCAUUGAUUCAGAAUCCCCUCACAAAUACCAUAUGGAUUUUGGAUCAGAUGCAAGACAGGUUAUGGACAAACUGAUCAACUCAAGGGUGAAAUCAACAGAGCCCAUCUUGUAUACACCCCAGAAACCGACAUCCAAGUUUCCCAGGACCCCAGAAAAUUCAGCAAAAUAUAAGAAGCUUUUAAGAGGCGGCCUAGCGGAAAGACUAAAUGGACUGCAGAAUCGAGAGAGAUCUGCCAUUUCUUUAUGGCGACAUCAAUUUAUUUCUUACCAAAAGACGCUAUCAGGUGAAAAUUCUGGCAUAUUAAUUGUGAAAAUUCUAGAACUGCAUGAGGAAUGCACCAUGUUAGUUGCCUUGUGUGAGCAGUUAGGGGGGCCGCCAUCUGUCAGCCCUUCCCAAAGUGUGAUGUCCAGACCUGAUGCUGACCUGAAGGUUCUUUUCACCUGGGAGACGGCAGGAUACCUCAGGGGUCAUCCCCAAGACAUCAUUCAUAUCUUCCCUCCUUGCUUUCAAAGAAGCCAUGGCCUAGCACGCUUCUGCAGCACGACUCUGCUUGGGAUCACAUUCAAAGAAGCCAUCAAAUCAUUUCUGCUGUUUCUGAGCUCUACCUCCUUAUUUAAUACAUUGCUAAAGAAUUUAAACAGUUAUGUGUUAACCAUAGGAAUCCCAGAAUCAUAGAAGACUUUUAAAACUAUUUCCCGUUUUCUUUAAAGACUAACAAAAGGAAUGGUGCAUGCUUUUGGAACAGAGACCUCUUGGAAGAGGAUCCUCUGCUAUUGAGGCUUCACUACACAUCACACCCAGUAGCCAUAGAGUAUAAUACUAGUGUGCUUCCUGACAACAAGCUCAUCACUUAUCUAUCAGUCUCUUCUGAUUAAAGAUGAGAAGUUAGAAACCAGCAAUAUAUUUUUGGUGCUUGUGAGGAAUUAUUAACAGAAUGAAAGUUGUAUUUCCAAGUGUGAGGUGGUAUUCCCUGCUUUGAACAGUAUGUGUUCUCUAACAUUUAGCCAAGAACUUUGUUAAUAUGUGCCUGAUAUUCUGCAUGAGAACCAAGUGAGUGCUGAUGUGUGGUCGCCUUUAGCUUUGACGUCCACUUGUACAAGAGCCACUGAAAGUGAUGAAGGGAUCUUAGGGCUUGUCAUCUUGUCAUGAAGGAGCCUCUGGAAGGAUCACAAUCACCUUGGGUGGGCAGUCCAUAAACCUCACAGCCAGAACAAUCAAGUAUGUUUCUGCCAUUGGCACUCAUAGGACUUGGUUGUGUUUAUGUGAUUUUUUUUUUGUCUAUUGUUCUCAAUUACUCUAUGAAGUUCUAGAUACUAAGGUUUCUGAGCUGUUUUCCUGUGUGUAUCUCGUAAGUGUACAGACAGUUGUUUGUUGAUUGAAUAGCUGAAGGGUCUCCUGUGAGGCAGAAAUAAAUUCUUUCUUUCUGUAAGCAUUCAUGUUUAUAUGCACAUAGUUCAUGAAGUACUUUUUAUUAAGAAUUGUGGCAAACCAGAAAUGCCUAUAAUCCCAGCACUUGGGAGGUUGUGACAGGAGGAUCAAAAGUUCAAGUCCAGCCUGGGCUACACAGUGAGUUUGAGCGCAUCCUUGGCUACAUGCUGAGACCUGUCUCAAAAGAAUUAAAUAAAAACUUGUGUUAAAAUAUAUGUAACUUAAAAUUUACCAUUGUAACUAUUUUAGUGUCCAUUUCAGUGAUGUUAAGUACAUUCCUAAUGUGGGGCAACAUCUCCAUUACCCAUUUUCAUCCUCAACUCUGUUGAAGUCCCACUGAAGACAAGUUCGCUCUUCUGUACUCCAGCCCCUGGUAACCUGUUCUACCUUAUGUCGAUAGGACUUUGCCUACUGUAGGUCAAUUAGUGGAAUCAUGAAAUUUGUCCUUUUCAGUCUGUCUUAUCUCAUUUAGCAAAUCUUUUCAGAGUACAUCCAUAUCAUACCAUACAUCAGAAUUUCCUUUCUUUUGAGGCUAAAUAGUAUCUUAAAGUAUAUAUACCAUAUUUUGCUUAUUCAUUCCUGUGUUCACGAAUAUGUAGUUUUGUUCAGUCCCUUCAGUUCUUUUGGCUAUAGGCCUAGGAAAAGAAUUGCUAGAUUACAUAGAAAUUGUUCGUUUUUUUUCAUGAUUCUUGUUUUCAGUGCUGAAAAUCAAACCCAGGUCCUUGGACAUGCUAGGCAAGCACU